UAGAAUCCGGCACCCAAACAGUCUCCCUACUGCAACCAAGUCAAGCUGCAGUCAUCUGCCAUUAUUUCCUUUUGGCCUUUCCAUGGUUAAGAGAGAAGCCGGUACUAAGCAAAUCUCUCUCUCUGGGAGGCAGUCUCGAUCAAAAGCUCUCGACGACUAAUGUUUGAGAUGUUGUUGCCGUGUUAGUUGUACAUUUCAAAGAACGAAAAAAGAAAUUAUUCAGAAAUUUAAUGGAUCAAGGAAGGAGACCAAAUGCGGUUGUUGCGAAUGAUAACAGCAAGAUAUACAUGGACCUCAAGAGCAUAAUAAAGGAGCACACGCUCCCUUUUCUUCCUGCCAAAUCCCUUUUCAGGUUCAAGGGGGUUUGCAGGGACUGGAAGCUCCAGAUCUCAACUCCUUUCUUUGCCCACAAUCAAUCAAAUAGUUUCCACAACGUCUCAGGCUUCUUUUGCCAGUCUUGUUCAAACCCACCUACAUUUAUCUCCCUUGAUCCAAAUUCAUAUGGUGUUCCAGACCCAUCUUUGCAAUUUUUGCCUGAACCAGUUGACAUCAGGAGUUCUUCCAAUGGCCUACUGUGUUGCCAGGGUCGCACUGGCGACAAUGCCUAUUACAUCUGCAAUCCUGCCACCAAGCAGUGGAAGAAACUCCCUAAACCCAAUGCUGAUCAUGGGUCUAAUCCUGCCAUUGUACUCAUAUUCGAACCAUCUUUACUCAACUUUGUUGCUGAGUACAAGCUCAUUUGUGCUUUUUCAUCUGCGGAUUUUGACAAUGCAUUGGAAUUCGAGAUUUAUUCCUCUGCAGAAAAUUGUUGGAGAAUUUCUGGUGAGAUAUACUUCGGUGCUACAAAGAUCAAGCCCAACUCUGGCGUCCAUGUGAACGGAAUUAUUUACUGGCUUUCGAAAACUGGUGGGAUUGUUGUCUUUGAUCUCACCAUGGAGCGGUCGCAACGCCUUUAUGGUCACAAGAAUGGCUUUUAUAGUCAUAAUCAUGGCUGCUUGGGAGUUAUGAACGAGAAGCUUGCUUCAGUAAUCAGUUCUUAUAAUCAGACACUAACUGUGAGUGUGCUGUCCAAUUCCUACACAAACACAAUGGCUAUGAACAGCAAAGUCAAGGCUUGGGAUACAAAACUCAGUGUCAAUGUCAGUGAAAGUUCCGAGUACCAGGGACCUGUGCUCUAUGCUUGUGAGGAUGUAAUAGUGAUUCAGAGUGACAGAGGACUUUAUUCAUUUGACAUGAAGACUCGAGAAUUCGGACGCUUAACGAGUGAAGCUGAUCAUGAUAUCAGAGUGGUUGGAUAUAUGAAUAGCCUUGUUGAACUCUAGUUGGGUUUUUUCUGUUCUACCUUCUUAAUUUACAAGUGCUUGGACGCUCUUUCUAUGUCUUUUGCUUUCUAGCCAAGAGAUGACACGCUGGACAGUCAUGUUAGGUGGCAUGAUUAGGAACAUAGUCACGUGGUAGUCAGUGCAAUAAUUUAGAGAUUCUGUGUUUGUAUGUUGGUGUGUAUUGUAUAGUGAGGUAUGCACAUUUUAUUUACUGAAA